UAUUAUAAAGUGUCACCGCAUUUACACACAGAGAUAACUAAAUCGACACUGUAAACAAGGCUGCCGGUCAAAGUACUGUAUACCCAGCAAACAAUUAUAGCGACAGUUUCUCUGCCACACGGAAGGAUAAAGAAUUAAGCAUGUUGUGGAGGUGGACUUCAAUUCUUCAAAGACACGGCGUCUCAACACUCCGCAUCAGGCGUCUAAUACACGACAGUGUUUUCAAGGUGCACCCAUCCGUAUCCGAGGCUUUGGCAGAGAACAAGCCCGUGGUGGCGCUAGAGAGUACUAUUAUCACACAUGGAAUGCCCUAUCCUCAUAACUUGAAUACAGCCAAAGAAGUGGAGGCCAUUGUGAGAGCCCAGGGGUCCACACCGGCCACCGUGGGCAUCCUAAAUGGUAGGGUCCAUGUGGGGCUAUCCGAGGAAGACCUUGACUUCCUCUCCCGUGGCAGCGGCCUCCUCAAAGUGUCCCGUCGAGACCUGGCCUACGCUGUGAGCAAGGGACUUUCGGGGGGGACAACCGUGUCGGGCACUAUGAUCGCAGCCCACCGAGUGGGCAUCUCCGUCUUUGUGACUGGCGGCAUAGGAGGUGUUCACCGGAAUGGAGAGAGCACAAUGGACAUCAGCGCUGACCUCACGGAGCUUGGCCGCACCCCCAUUGCUGUGGUCUCGGCUGGGGUCAAGUCUAUCCUGGAUAUUGGCCGCACCUUGGAAUUCUUGGAGACCCACGGUGUCUGCGUGGCCACGUUCGGCCGGUCCAGGCACUUCCCAGCAUUCUUCACCCCUCACAGUGGCUUUGCCUCCCCUUAUAAUGUGGCUAAUUCCCAGGAAGCAGCAGAACUGAUUGACAGCGCAUCCUGCCUGGGUCUGCAGAGUGGUCUGUUGGUGGCAGUACCCAUCCCAAAGGAGCAUGCUGCCCAAGGACAGGAAAUUGAGGAUGCUGUCCAGGCUGCUAUGAAAGAGGCCAGCAUGAAGGAUAUCAGGGGUAAAGACGUGACCCCCUUCAUCCUGCAGCGAGUCAGUGAGCUGACCCAGGGGAGGUCCUUACAGGCCAAUAUGGCUCUGAUACUUAACAACGCUAAAGUGGGCAGUCAGAUUGCCUGCGCUUUGUCAGAUCUACGCAGGAGGAGAAGGGCUCCGGAGAUCCCACCCCCCCAAAAGGAGAGGCCCCCGCCACCGCAGCCCCAGUCUGUCGUUAUUGGUGGGGUGAACGUGGACUUCAUCACCAAAGCGAAAUCUGAGAAGCUACUGCUUGGCCAGACAAAUCCGGGAAGUGUCUUCCAGUCUUUCGGUGGUGUGGGAAGAAACAUAGCCGACUGCCUGAGCCGACUGGGGGAUGCCCCCCUCUUCAUCUCGGCCGUCGGGACGGACUCUCACAGCGAUGCCUUCCUGGGCUAUUGCAAGCACAUGAAUACAAGUGCGGUUGCUAAGUUACGGGAGCAGAGGACCGCAACCUAUUGUGUAAUGAUCACCAAGACCGGCGAGCUGAGCAUGGGAUUGGGUGACAUGGACAUCCACCAGCAAAUCACGACACAGUAUGUGUCCCACUUUGAAGAAGAGCUGUCCUCGGCCCAGCUAGUGGUUUUGGAUGGCAACAUUCCGGUGUCAACAGUCUGCUACGUUUGCUCCGUUGCUAAGAAGCAUGCAGUACCAGUGUGGUUCGAGCCAACAGAUGUGGACAAAGCCAUCAAGCCGUUCCUGUCGGAGAGCUGGAAGGCCUUGACCUACACCUCCCCUAACCUGAUGGAACUGUGUGCCAUGAACCAGGCGCUGGGUCUUCUUACACCAGACGUCCUCCCAAAGACCCGGGAUGAGGUGCUGCACUGCGCGGCGUCCCUCUCUCGCCCCCUGCUGGAGCACCUGAGAUGCGUGGUGGUGACGCUGGGCUCGCUGGGAGUGCUGCUUUGCGGGGAGCAUGAGGAGGGAGGUGUACGAGUGCAGCCUGGGAUUCGCUCUGCACUGCGGAAAGGCCGAUUGUGUGCCGUCCACUACCCUGCCGUGAGCAUCCCGCCUGAGGACAUCGUGAACGUCUCCGGGGCUGGUGACAGCCUGGCAGCUGGGUUGAUAGCAGGGAUCCUCCAAGGGCAGGACGCCGACAUCUGUGUGCGCAUGGGGCUCCUGGCGGCCCGGCUCUCCCUGUCGUCGCCCCAUCCCGUGGCCCCCUCUCUGUGCCCUGACACAGUCAGCCCGCAGGGGGUCCGCUCUGUGGCCUGGCCCACCCCCACCUUCCUAUGGAUGGACCAUGUGGGCAGCCAAUGAAUGGAAGGGUUGCCAAUCUGCAUCGAUGGAGGACCAGUAAAAUUACAGCUUCCUUUAACGUGACAAAUACAGUAUUGAAAUGUGGUUGUAACUCAACAUUUUAAGUGUAGUUCCUUUAUACUUGAACAUCUACUCUAUGUCCAUGGCUCAUAUCCUGUACUAGACAUGAAAGGCUACGCUAAUAUCUAUGUGCUCAGCAUCUGUUGCGAAACUGGGAUUGUCAGUCCUUGUGUUGGGGUUUAACAGCAGCUACCUCCACUCUGUGACGUUUUUGGCAUUCAUGUGUUGGGAACAAAAAUAAACUGUAAGAAUUAAAAUAAAUGCAGCUGUCAUUGGUCAAACUG